AUGACUCUCGGACUGAGAAGGAACACCGCAGGCAACAGAUCGUCCGUCGAGGGUGACCGCCCGGACACUACCGCCGACGAUGAGACUGUCGUCGACCAGGACCAGGGCAAUGUCCUGUCACACAUCAUCAGCCAGCUGCGACCGGGCGCCGACCUCAGCAGAGUGACGUUGCCCACCUUCAUCCUCGAGCCACGAUCUAUGCUCGAGAGAAUCACAAACUUCAUGGCACACCCCGAAAUCCUGCUCACUCUACCCGGCAUCGAUGACCCAGUCGAGCGCUUUGUCGCCGUGACCAAGUUCUACCUCAGUGGAUGGCACAUCAAGCCUCCUGGUGUCAAGAAGCCUUUGAACCCCGUUCUCGGCGAAACCUUUACCGGAUACUGGGACUACCCCGACAACACUCGUGGCUAUUACAUCUCGGAACAAACAUCUCACCACCCUCCCAAGUCGAGCUACUUCUUCAUGGCCCCCGAGCACCACAUCCGCGUUGAUGGCACCCUCAAACCCCGAAGCAGAUUCUUGGGCAACUCUGUCGGCAGUUUCAUGGAAGGCAUUGCAGUCAUGCGUCUGUUGAACCGCAACGAGCGAUACUUCAUUACCCAGCCAAACAUGUACGCCAGAGGAAUCCUUUUCGGUAAGAUGAAAUACGAGCUCGGUGACCACGCCUACGUUCGCUGCCCGGAGUUGGGUCUGGAAGCCGAGAUUGACUUCAAGGUCAAGGGGUGGAUGACUGGAACAUACAAUGCUAUUGGCGGCCAUAUCAAGGACACCAAGAGUGGAAAGAAUCUGUUCGAGUUCAGUGGUUACUGGGACAAGGAGAUGUACAUCAAGAACCUGACGACGGGCAAGAAAGAGCUCAUUUUCGACGCAUCUCACGCAAAACCCUCAUACCCCAAGGCCCGCCCUCUCGAGGAGCAAUCCGAUCGCGAAUCGCAAAGAUUGUGGGACAAGGUUACUAAGGCCAUCAAGGUUGCCGACCAAAGAACCGCUACCGACGAGAAGUCAUUUAUCGAGGAUCGCCAGCGCGCAGAGGCAGCAGAGCGUGGAGAACAUGGAGAGUGGCACCCUAAGCUCUUCCGUAAGACGAGAGCUGGCGCCAGCAAUGGUCCAGGAGAUUUGGACGGAGAAGAGAACCUGGACUGGGUCAUUGAUGCCGCCAUUGACGGCAAGACCCCUGAUGAGAUUGUCAAGCAAGUCCUUGCUAUUGCACCCAUCCUACCAGGCCAGAAAGCUCAAGCUCCCCCUCAAGCCGAAGCACAACCUAGAUCCGAAGCUCCCGUAGCAGCUUCCGCCCCAGCUCCCGCAGCUGUUUUACCACAGCAGGUACAGCCUCCCCAGCAACAAGCGCCAGCACCACAACAAUUCCAGUCUGUCUCACAAGGACCCAGCAACCUCGCUGAUUUCGGCCACGCUGGUGGUGCCGCACCUCAGCAGCCCGUACAACAGAAGGCAUCCCCCUUGAACACCAUGAGCGAUCUCAAGGAGCCUUUGCAACCCGUCAUUCACCGUCAAGAUAGUGUCGAAGGUUUCGACGAGGAGUUCCACGACGCCGACUCAUAA